AUGUACCAGCUGGCCUCCUGCUGCUUGCUCUUUAUAGGAUUCUUAAAUCCUCUUGUAUCUCUUCCUGUCACUGACUCCAGGGACAUGUCUCUCCAGCUCCCAGCACCUGAAGACGACGCGAGGUUGGCCCUGGAGGAGCUGGAAAGAGCCUCCAUCCUAAAGCUGCUGCCAGAGGUGCUGGGUGCGGAGAGAGGCAACGGGCUCCGGGAAGCAGAUCCUACUAUGAACAUUUCCAACCCAAGAAGCCAUCCGAGAAAGUUUCAGGCUUUCCCUGAAGAGGAUCCUAACAUUUUUCUGAGUCAGCUCUUGGCCAGACCCAGGAAACAGCACAAGCAGCAUGGGCCCCCCCUGGAGUGCUUCUGGAAGUAUUGUGUCUGA